UGUUCUUAUUUUCUUUGUUUUGUGUCUCACUCUUCAGACGCCACAUAUACACUCAACCAAGGUGCUAUGCUCAACUUCUCAAAUCGCCUUGUUUCCGGAAACGGGCUCUUUGCUUUAGGAUUCGCCGGCCAGUACCUGGUGAUAAAUUACACUAACGGCGAUGACUUAAGCGGUCAUCCUGUCUGGUCAGCGAAUGGAGAUAAAACAAUCAGGGAAAAUGCUGGGGUUCUCACCAUAGUUGAAUCUGGGAAAUUGAAAAUUAUUCACGGAGAUGGACAGAUAGAAUUGUACCAGGUCAGUCCGCGUAUAGAAUUGUACCAAGGUCAGUCUGCGUCCACCUCAAAAUUGACAGCAGUUUUACAGGACGACGGCAAUUUUGUAUUGAAACAUGAAACCGCAAACUCCAGCGAGGACUUGUGGGAAAGCUUUGAUUAUCCCACGGACACGCUUUUGCCCAAAAUGAAAUUGGGAAUAAACAAAAAGACUGGGAAAACUUGGAAGCUCACGUCGUGGUUUGGUGAAGACAUCCCAAGGCCUGCAGCAUUCACUAUGGAGUGGGAUCCUAGCGAACGUCAAGUAAUCGUUAAGCGGCGAGGAAUUAAAUUUUGGACUAGUGGGAUGUUGACUCAUGAUAACAAACUGGAAAAUUUUCGGCAAGAUGAAUCGAAUUCAACUAUAACCUCGCUAGGGUUUCAGCCGAAGAAAAGGAUUACCUUAUGUACACAAUUCUCGUUAACAAGUACUUCGACUCGGGAAAUAAAGAAAGGAAUAAUGUUUCCAGGUGGUUCUAGAUUAUCAGGGAAAAAUGAUGAUAGUUUCGCAUUAAGAUCUGGGUACUUCGAGAGUGACAUGACGCGCUAUGAAGAUAAUAAUAAUCUAAGUUUCCUUGAUUGCAAAGACCUGUGCUGGGAAGAUUGCAGUUGUACUGGAUUUCAACAAGCCGUGGGCCGUUCUGGCUGCGUAUUCGCUCGCGGACAUUUCUACAGGAGAAAUUUGAAAGGGUGUGAAGAAAAUUAUUACAUCAUUAUUGAGGGUCCUCCACUAACAUGGGAUGAGAGAUCAUUGAUCUACGAGUACAUGUCCAAUAAAAGUUUAGACUCUUUCAUCUUUGAUCAAUCGAAAAGGGUGCUAUUGGAUUGGAGAAAGCGAUUUAGUGUUAUUGAAGGAAUAGCUCAAGGUCUCCUUUACCUUCACAAGUAUUCCAGAUUAAGAGUAAUCCACAGAGAUUUGAAGACCAGUAACAUAUUACUUGGCAAAGAUAUGAACCCCAAAAUUUCUGAUUUUGGUAUGGUAAGAAUUUUCAAGGUAAACGAAUCCGAAGCAAACACCAACAGGAUUAUAGGAAACUAUGGCUACAUGUUUCCAGAAUAUGCAAUGGAAGACAUAUUCUCAGUGAAAUCUGAUGUUUAUAGUUUUGGAGUUCUGAUGUUAGAAAUCAUAAGCAGUAAAAGAAAUCACAGCACUUAUCAUUAUGAUCGGCCGCUCAAUCUCGUGGGUUAUGCAUUGGAGCUAUGGAAAGAGGAUGUAUUUGAAAUGUUAGAUCCAACGAGUAGAGAUUCAGCUCCAAGGGAACAAGUUUUGAGAUGCAUUAAUGUGGCAUUGCUAUGGGUGGAGCAUAGUCCCUUUGAUAUGCCAAACAUGGCAGAAGUUUUAUCUAUGUUGGCUAAUGAAAUUCAACAGUUGCCAAUGCCCAAACAGCCUGCAUUUUAUGUUGGAACAGCCACUUCAACGGAAAGUACAAGUGGAGAUAAAGGUCGAGAAACUUAUUCAGCAAGUGGCUUGUCCUUGACAGACAUGGCUGGACGAUAA